AUGCAUGGUGAUUAUUAUGAUUAUCGUGAGCCUAUUGCUGACGCCAAUGUUCGUAAAGCACGCGAGACCCUGGAACGAGCUAUCAAUCUCGUGAACACAAGGGAUGAGUGGGGUGGUCGUGUGGUAUAUGGGGACACCGAUAGUCUUUUCGUAUUAGUAAAAGGUGCCAGUAAAGAGAAAGCGUUUAAGAUUGGAAAAGAAAUUGUUGAUGCAGUUACUGCAGCGAAUCCUAAACCUGUGAAACUAAAGUUUGAAAAGGUAUAUAUGCCUUGUGUUCUUCAAACAAAGAAACGUUUCGUUGGUUAUAUGUACGAAACAUUAGAACAGAAAGAUCCAGUGUUUGAUGCGAAAGGAAUAGAGACUGUACGGCGAGAUACAUGUCCAGCGGUCGCUAAGAUUUUAGAGAAGUCUUUAAGGAUUUUAUUGGAAGAAAGGGACGUGAGCCUUGUGAAGAAGUUUGUCCAGCGGCAGUUCGUUAAAAUGAUGAAAGAUAGAGUAUCGAUUCAGGAUUUCAUCUUUGCUAAGGAAUAUCGUGGUAUGAAAAGAUAUAAACCAAAAGCAUGUGUUCCAGCUUUGGAAAUUGCAAGACGUCAUUUGUCACGUGAUCAUCGCGCGUAACCUUGCGUGGGAGAACUUGUACAUUACGUCAUUGUUAACGCCAGUCCUGGACUACCAUUGAUUCAAUUGUUCUAUUGAUGUGUUAAAUGAUAAAAAUCUACACCUCAAUAACAUCUACUGUGUUCAGAAACAAAUACUUCCUCCAUUGGAUCGAGUUUUUUCCUUGAUUGGUGUUGAUGUGUUUUCAUGGUAUACACAACUACCCCGCUAUAUCCCUCGACAUCGUGUUAUUGCAAGGAAACAAAAACGUUCGAUUUCUCGGUUUUUUACAAUUCUACACUGUCCUGUAUGUGAACAAUUAACACAGCACGGUUUGUGUCAAAGUUGUCGUAGCAACCCUCAAAAGUCUGUCUUUAUUCUGGCAAGUAGAGUGGGGAACUGGGAAAGAAAAUACAGUCAUCUUAAAGAGAUAUGUUUUCAGUGUUGUGGAGCUAGAGAUGAACAACUGAGCUGUAUAUCACUGGAAUGUCCUGUUAUGUUUAAACUAGAGAAGUUAAAAACAAAUAUGAAAUAUGGAAUGACAUUAAGAGACUUUCAAUAAACAAUUGAAGAAAUUUAUAGUCAGUCGGAGCACAAAUCUAAAAGGUUUUGGAGUUUCAGUUAUUUAUAAUGGAUCAUAAUGGAUCACCAUUUCGCUAUUCUAUCAAAGAUUGCCAUCUAAUACAGACAUGAACAUUUUCUGUUAAUGCGAUCGAGAAACAUAGAACAAAUGUUUGUGGUUUUAAUUCACCAUGAUGGAGGACUUAUAUAAAUAAAGAAAUUGAUUAUUGACCACGAUGAAAA